AUGUUCCUACCCGGCGACAAAUCCCUGAAAGGUGUCACCCCGCGGGCCGAGGAUAAAAAUGUCGUUCACAAAGAGUGCUACAACUCACUCGCCACGCUCAAGAACACGAAGGAGCUCGCGCGCUCUCUCGAGGGUGCGAUUGAGGGUGAGGGCUCAGAGCCGGGACAGCGCGUUGAAGGGUGUGCCUCACUGACGGCCCUUUGCCGCGCGUGACAGGACACCGGCAGCUCUGGGACCAUGGCUUCAUCCACCGGGACGUGUUGUAUGGCAACGUAAUGGUCGACCGGCACGGCGAUGGAGUCUUGAUUGAUUACAAUCUGGCGGUGAAGAAGGCUCGAACGGUUGAAGAAGAGUGUCGCCUCAGCCGCUCGGUACGUUCUCACGUCCGUGCUAGCCCUCGACACGUUCUUGGUCUCACCUAACUCCUUCCCACCCUUCUCCUGUACCAUGAUCAAUGACAGGGCACGCUACCCUAUAUCUCCCGACUCUUGCUCAGCCCCCCAACUGAGGGUGUGAUGCACGAGCGCUGGCACGACAUCAAAUCUUUUUUUUUUUUGUGGCGUGCCGCACUGCAUUUCACACUCUCGGUUUUGGGGGAUGAGCAGGAGUCGAGAGAAAUAUGGUAG